AUGCCGUAUUUUCAGCUACCAAAUGACUUAGAGAAACGAGAUGUCGCAGAGCGCUUUACUCCAAACGAGACGCAAAAGGUUACCCUCAUCGUUGCGGCAUGCUACAUCGUUGCGAUAGCCAUUUUAUGGCAUGUUCCAUUCCUCAAGUAUCUCCUGUAUCCCUUCAAGCUGCUUACUGUAGCAUUGCACGAGUUUAGCCACGCAUUCGCCGGUAUUCUAACAUGCGCUCGGAUACACUCGAUCCAGCUCGAUCCUGAUGAAGGAGGGGCAACGAGAAUGGCUGGCGGGAUCCCUAUCAUCACUCUACCUGCAGGAUAUCUCGGUAGCAGCUUCUUCGGCGCUUGCAUGAUUGCUUGUGGCUUCAAUACGAACGCUUCAAAGGUUGCAAGCAUUGCUCUAGCAGUAUUAUUCUUAAUAGCGCUGUUCUGGGCACGUAAGAGUUGGAUUACAUGGGCUCUUAUAAUCGGAUUUGCAGCUAUCAUCGUCGCUCUUUGGCUCAUCAAGAACUCGAUUGCCCUGCGCUACUUUGUUCUCUUCAUGGGAGUCAUGAGUUGCAUGUACGUACUUUGGGAUAUUGUGGACGAUACAUUGGCGCGAAAGGUCAACACUAGUGAUGCUUCGGUCUUCGCAAAGAUUUGUGGAUGCUGCAGUAGUCGAGUAUGGGGUUUUAUUUGGUUGAUUAUCGCCUGUAUCUACUUCGGUCUCGGUCUUAUUGUUGGUCUCGUUGCGUUCAAGCAAUCCGAGGCACAAAUGCAAGAAGACGCAAGGCACUUCAUCCCAGCUCCAGGGGCAUAA